AGGGUUUCUCCUCCAUUUAAGUAUCCGAAACACCUCUUCAUUUCCUUCACCAAAUCAAGCAACAAAAUCCAUUUGAAUCUCUUUAGAAUUCUAUUUGCUGCACAUAUUAUUCUCUACAUCAUACUUGCUGUUUUUUACUUGAUUUGUUGUUUAUAUCUGUAAUCUGUUUUUAUUUUCUUGGAAGCAUUCUGCAAUCCAACAGCACCAAUGGCAGAAAUAAAAGACGCCCACAUAGUCGAAAUCCCAGUCGACGAAGAGCAUCAGCAGAAAUUAAUAUGUGCCAUGAACGCAAUUUCUGCAAUCCAACAGCACCCAUUAACAGAAAUCUCUCAAAGUCCUGGCCAUUUCUUACUUCUUAAGCUUUGGCAAAGAGAAGAUGACCUAUUUGGCCGGAGAAUAGUCAUGAAAGAAAAGAGAAUGGACUCUAUCAGAAGAGAGAUUUUCCAACUCUGUUGCUUUUUCUUCUUUUUCCAUGGCAUUUUCCUGACAAUCUUGUUUACAUCUUCAUUAGAGGACCAUCAUAAUAAUGUGUGCAAAAAAUGGUGGAUCCCAUCUGUUUUAUCAGUGUGUACUUCUUUUGUGCUUGUGUUCUUGGUACAGGUGAAACUUUGCAGGUACUGGAAAGUGGACAGGCAGUUGCAGAGGGAGAGGGCUGAUGGCCGGGCCUUGACGCGGUGUGUUCAGGAAUUGAGGAUGAAAGGGGCAAGCUUUGAUCUGUCGAAAGAGCCUCAGAAUGGGAAGAGAAUGAAGAGUUCCAGUGUGGAAAUCAAAUGGAAGCCUCUCACUUGGUGUUCUCAGUAUAGAAUCACUAUCUGUCUCCUGUGUUUUACUGGCUUGAUCUUCCCUGCCUGUAGAUUCAUCCUCUGUGCCUAAAAUCCCGAGGCCAGUCGGAAGAAGAUGUGAUUUUUAUCACUUAGAAAAGUUACUUCUCUCAAUUUCUUAUGAGGGAUGAAGCAUUAUGGUCCGAUUGUUCCGCCAAUUCAUGAGUUUCUAAAGGAGAGAAAAUCCCUUUGGAAUCAAACCAAGAAUUUCGAAGGUCCUCGUUCUCACUGCAGCCUUCUUAAGCCUAAAGGGAUUUGGUUUUUUCUAAAGAAACUACUUCAGAUUCUUCAACUUUGUUAUUUGAUUCAUGCCUGGUCCAGGAACGAAUCUAUUUUGGCGCGCUUACGAGGAAUUGAAUCUUUAUAGCAAGUUUGACUCAUGACACUGCUCGUGUUGUAUAGAAUUUUCAAUUGUCACACAUGUAUAUCACACAAAAUUCUAACAUUUGUCUUUUUAAUAGAACCUUGUGUAUGUAUUUGUGUGUAUCAUAAGCAAAGGAACUGGGCUCUAACUUGGCUCGGCUUGACUCCUAUCUUUAUUU